AUGGCUAGCUGGUAUCACUACUAUGAUACUGACUACUAUGUUCUGGAAGAAUAUGAGAGGGAAACAAACCCUGAACCUGAGCAAGGCGCUGCUGCGGCAGCAGAAGGUGGCCUCUUUGCUGAAGGAGCUGUCGGCCUCGAGGACGACAUGAAGCAUGAGGGCCACCCAAACCAACAGGAUGUCUUGAACCAAGAAGACGAAGGGAACCAGGAAGAAGAUGUGGACCAGGAAGACGACAGUGACCAUGAGGAUGAUGGCGGCGACGAGGAUCCCCAGGAGGAGGACCUGGAGGAGCCAGUGGUUCCUCGGUCCCGUCGCAGGCAGCCACGGAUCCCGUUUCAGUUCACACCAUGGCAGCUGGAAGAACUGGAAAAUGUUUUUGAAGAAACUCAGUACCCUGAUCUGCUCAUGAGAAGAGAGCUUGGAAGACAAAUGAAUGUGCCGGAAGCCAAAGUGCAGACAUGGUUUAACAAUAGGAGAGCCAAAUAUAGGAAAAAUCAGAGGGAAUCAAUGCUCAGACGUAUUCCGCCUGGUGUCCCAGACUACAUUUUCAUGGCAGAUGUGGAGGAACCCUAG